AUGGCCCCUGAUACACAGAACAAGGUUUGCCUAGAUGUGGCAGUCGACCACCGGAUCAGACGGCUUUUCAAGCCUGUCCCCAAUGAACUGACAAAGCGUUCCAAUCAUGUCUCCUGUAUCGAGGCACGAGGGUGGUCACUGAAACGGCCGCACAGCGAGACUCAAGUUACUACGCAGCUGGCAGGCCCAGCGGUCAAGGGCGGCAUAGCCGUCGCCCUGCAGCAGCCGCGGCACAAUCACCCAUUCGAGAAGGGUCUCAAUGCCGUCAUCCAGGAUUGUGAAACUCUCCGUGCUAUUGAUGACAUAUUUGCUGUUGUCUCUUGUGAUUCCCUCAAUAUUCGGACGAACAUCGCGGUCGUCGACUUGCUGCCUUAUGUGUCUGAAGACAUACCAGAGAUUGACGAUGUGACAUUGAAGGAGUCAUUCCGUGCGUCAACGCAAAUUAUUUGUGAUAAGGAACCCGAUGUCUUACUCUGCGCGGGCAAGAUAUGGCUGCAGAAGGUGGGCAAAUUCGAUGACCGGAAAGGGGAUGCUUGGAAGUUUGAGAGCAUCGGUGUUGGGGGGAAGUUUGGUAACACUCCCAAAUUGCCCGUCGCAGCGAAGAUCCGUCACGGCGAGAGGGGGUUUGUAACUAUCCGUAGGGUGAAUGGCUUCCACCCGAGCCAUGCGAUGAACCAUCACCCGCACGUCAGUCUUUUGAGGCAGCUUCAGAUUUUGAUAGGCGCUGAAGCUUGUGGGAUGUUGAGAGGAGACUGGGAAGAGGAGGAGUGGAUGGUGUCACCGUCCCAAUCUCCUCGAACACAGAGCCCAGGUCAAAGCUCAACCAGGCGCAAUGAUCCCAAGUAUUUGCCAUACUACCAAGAGCUCUACUCUGAUACACUGCUUGACCUACAAAAACGUGUCAACCUUAUCGUUUCGGAUCCAAUACUAGUCAAGACAUCGUCCACAGCGCUCUACAAAGCCCUCCUCACCAGCGGUCUGAGCGAGUCCUGUAACGAUGCGACCCUUAUCUUGCGCCAAAUGUUUCGUCUCCAGCGCAAAGGCUGGCACGAACGUGUAGCCUGGAAGAACAAGGCCGCCCUAAAUGAAGCCGCAAGUGGUACGAUUCGAUUCACCGAGAAUCUGCGAAAAGCCUCUAAGCCUGGCAAAGUCUCGCAGUUUGCGGAGAUCAUCCGGCAAGGAGCAGGCAUUCUCCACGAGAGUGUUAUGAUUGGGAGAGGCGGGCGAUCCGAGUAUGAGCUGGACUUGAAAGGAGCUGGCGAUUCAUUUCUUACCAUCGCUACUAAUAUCGAGACACUGCUAAUGGAUCUUCUACUGGAAGAAGAGAAAGCGCUCUGUGCUUUGGGGCAAGAAGAGAUAUUGUCGAGUGAGAUGCGGAGGAUGACCCUGGCAUCGGCGGUCAAGUGA